AACAUCAACAUGGGUGGUGGUUUUGUUGUAAGACGAGUGUUGCUGAUGAUGAUCUCAGUAGUUGUUGUGGAGAAGCAAGCUGUAGAAGCGAAGCCUAUGAAUAGAAAGAGUAGUACUAGUAGUGGGUCCUGCGAUUUGUUCCGAGGAAGAUGGGUUUACGAUCCUUCUUAUCCCCUCUACAAUUCUACAGACUGUCCAUUCAUUCUCAAGGAGUUUGAUUGCCAAAAGAAUGGUCGACCAGAUAAGGAGUACGUCAAAUACACAUGGAAGCCCUCUGCAUGCAACUUACCAAGGUUCGAUGGGGCAAAAUUUGUGAGAAAAUAUAGGGGAAAGCGCAUCAUGUUUGUAGGGGACUCACUGAGCAUGAACCAAUGGCAGUCACUGACGUGCAUGCUUCAUAAGCAACUACCCAACGCUAAUUACACAUUACUCAGGACUGGAGGCGUCUCCACCUUUACAUUUCCCGCAUAUGAUGUUUCGUUGAUGUUGUCCCGCAAUGCCUUCCUAGUUGACAUUGUAAGGGAAAAAAGUGGGCGGGUUCUAUCUCUAAACUCAAUAUCAAGUGGGAAUUUAUGGAAGGGAUUUGACGUAUUGAUCUUCGACACGUGGCAUUGGUGGCUUCACACUGGGAGAAAACAACCAUGGGAUUAUGUUCGAUAUGGAAGGAAUACAUACAAAGACAUGAAUCGGAUGGAAGCGUAUGCGAAAGCAUUGAAUACAUGGGCUCAAUGGGUAGAAGCCAAUGUGGAUCCAACCAAAACUAGGGUGUUCUUUCAGGGUGUUUCUCCAGAUCAUAUGAAUGAAAGUGAAUGGGGGGGAGAGGCAAAUAUUGGGGGUGCAGCAGCAGAGAAGUACUGCAGCCAAGAGAGGGUACCGGCGGUUGAAGAAAAGUAUAACGGAGUUGCGCAUCCGGCACAAAUGGUCCUGAAAAAGGUGCUGGCGGGAAGAAAGUCAUUAAAGGGAGUGGUGGAUUUGCUGGAGAUAACAAGGCUUUCACAGUUGAGAAAAGACGGCCACCCCGGAGUCUACGGGUAUGGAGGGCACAGGGGCAUGGAUUGCACCCAUUGGUGUCUUCCGGGAGUUCCUGAUACUUGGAAUCAACUCCUCUACGCAGCUCUCUUUCAUAUGCCGCCCGCCCAUGUUAGAGUCAAUGGGCGUUAAUAAUGGACCCUGAAAGCAAAUGUGAGUCACUUAAAGAAUAAUAAUGUUUGUAUUGAUAGGCCUACUUAAUUUAUUAUACAAUAUAUAUGUUUUAAAAAUUUG